AUGACUGCAAAUAUUCCAACACUAGCAGUCUAUGUUGACUAUCAAAAGGUAUACGAUAAAGUAUGGCAUAAAGGUCUUGUUGUUAAACUCAAUAGAAUGGGUAUACCUUUAGGACUAUUGAAAUUAAUUAUUUCGUGGUUGAAUGAUAGCCAAGAGUAUGUUAUAUUUGGAGAGAAUAAAUCGAAAAUAUUUUCCACUCACAUUGGUUUGCCUCAAGGCAGUAGUUUAAGUCCCUAUCUUUUCAUUGUCUAUCAUAGUGAUCUUGUUACAUGUUUAGGUGGGUUUUCAAACCAUAUUUUUGCUGAUUAUCUCAACGUACUAAUAUCCCCACCUAUAUGUCGAGGAGUUAAGUCGAUAAUUAAGUUUCUAGAAGAAGAAGGAACAAAAAUAUGUAAUAAAAUAGCGUAUGACUCCAAGAAAUGGAAACAAUCAGUUAAUUUCUCAAAAACAGUAGUUCAGGUUUUUCACUCUCAAGUGCAAAGUUCAGUAGUUGAUAUCUAUAUGGAAGGUAAAAAACUAGAAGUAGUUAAAGAAUUUAAAUAUCUUGGUCUUGCUUGGACAAAUAAGAUGUCUUUGAAACCAACGAUAGACAAAACACUUGAAAACAUUCAAGGAACAUUUAGUAAAUUAAGAUGGAUGAAACGUGAAACAAUACCCGGUUUUACCGUUUUAAUUUGCAUUGGCUGGUUCCAAUUAUCGUAUGAUAUAAUUAAUCAAACACAAGCACAGGUUUGUCCAAUUAGAAGUUGA